AUGGGAGAGUCCAAGAAGAAGGUUUCAUGCAGAAAUCUUGGAGGGUAUCUCAAAGAACAGAAAGAAAGGCUAUACAUUAUUAGAAGACGCGUUGUCAUGCUACUUUGCUGGCAUGACUAA